AACCAGGUAGGCCCCGCGGCCCCGCGGGCCCGCAGUCUCGGCUGGGAAUGGCCCCCGGGUUCGCGCGCUCCGCUGCGUGCCGAUAACCGCCGCGCUCCGCAGGACGCACGUCCGGAUACAACCCCAACCAAAACAUGGGCCUUGACUUCGUGGAGGGCGGCGCCACCUUCGAGCAUGCCGUCACCGAGACCGGCUUCGGCCGGUUCCACUACGGCCUCAUGGCGCUGUGCGGCCUCGUGUACCUGGACACCGCCAUGGGCAUCACCAUCCUGUCCUUCGUGCUGCCCGCCGCGCAGUGCGACUUCGACAUGGACAGCCCCAAGAAGGGCUGGCUCAACGCGGCGCCCAUGCUCGGCAUGGUGCUGGGCUCCUACUUCUGGGGCUGCCUGGCGGACACCCGCGGCCGCAAGGUGGUGCUGAUCGCCACCCUCGUGAUGGACGGCGUCUGCGGCAUCGCCAGCUCCGUGGCGCAGUUCUACGGCCUCUUCAUGUUCCUGCGCUUCCUCAAUGGAUUCGCAAUUACGGGCGCCAUGGGGAUCGUGUUUCCGUACCUGGGCGAGUUUCAGCCCACUGUCUACAGGGAGAAGAUCCUGUGCUGGAUGGAGCUGUUUUGGACCUGUGGCAUCAUCCUACUCCCAGGCAUCGCGUGGCUGGUGAUCCCGCUGCCGCUGCGCAUCGUCAACGACUACUUCGUGUUCGGCUCGUGGCAGCUGUUCGUGGCGGUGUGCGCGCUGCCGUCCCUCGUCAUCGCGGCCUGGCUCGCCGUCUACCCCGAGAGCCCCAAGUUCCUGCUGGAGUGCGGCGAGUACGAGGAGGCGCUGGAGGUGCUGCAGGAGAUGUUCCACACCAACACGGGCCGCCCCAAGAGCGAGUACUCGGUGAGGAGCCUGCGAGAGCCCCGGUCGCGCACCAUGUCCAUGGUGAGCACCACCUCGCGAGUCAGCAUCAAGAGCAUCCGGUCGCUGCGGACGCCGAAGGACAUCAAGCUGCUGGUCAUCGAGGUGUGGGACCAGACCAAGCAGCUGUGCCGGCCGCCGCACCGCUACUACACGGUGCUCACCUGCCUCAUCCAGUUCGGGCUCACCACCAGCUACUACACGCUGAUGAUGUGGUUCCCGGAGCUGUUCGACCGCUUCGAGUCCUUCUCCAAGACGCACCCCGACGAGAGGGCCUCGGUGUGCGAGGUGUCGGGCGCGGUCCUGGAGACCACGGAGUCCCUGGCGUGCCCCAACCACAUCGACGACUCCGUGUUCCUGCACACCCUCAUCGUGGGCCUGGCCUGCAUCCCCACCAGCUUCUGGCUGCCGCUGUGCGUCCACAGGCUGGGCGCCAAGUUCUUCCUGGUGUUCAGCUUGGUGGUGUCGGGGAUGGUGGCCGUGGGCCUCUACUUCGUGACCAACGCGACGCAGAACCUGGUGCUGUCGUGCAUCUUCGAGGCGCUGACCAGCCUCGGCAUCAGCACCGUGUACUGCGUCAUGGUGGACCUGUUCCCCACCAACCUGCGCGUCAUGGCCGCCGCGCUGUCCCUCACCUUCGGCCGCGGCGGCGCGCUCUUCGGCAACCUCGUCUUCAGCUACCUCAUCGACAUCAACUGCGUGCUGCCCAUCGCGCUGUUCGCCGCCAUGCUCUUCGCGUCUGGCGGCUUGUGCUUCUUGCUGCCAAACACGGGUAAAGUGGAGCUGGACUGAGCGACUUCUCCGCUGGAACGGAGACACCCGCACAAUCCCGCAACUCUCGCACAAGGACGAAGGACAUCGCGGAGGAGCUGAUCCACCAGGGCCGCCUGGGCAGUCAAUGUGAUAUUGGGGGUGGCAGUAGCCAUGCUGUGGGUUUUUCUAGUCAUAGUGCUCCGCCAAUCGAUCCGAGCCAACAGGCGAGGCGUCAGUGCUGUUUCCUUGAACGACAUUAAAAGUAAAAGACUGCUGUUUUUUGUCGAUCAUCCCUCCCAAGGUGGUUGAAAGUAUUUUAUUUUUUUAUUUUGUAAGUGUCAAGAAAUAAUGCUGUUGUGCAUUGUGCAUUUUACCGAAGAUUAUUGUUACUGCAUUACCAUUAUUGUAAAUCUUUGUAAAUAGUGCCAACUGUUUGUAAAUAAUAUUGCCAAGCAUUCA